AGUUCAUAACCCAAAUGCAUACCAUUCUUCAUAACUAUUAACUUUACAGAAAUGGCUUCCAAUCUUCACUUUCUUGUCAUACCUCUAAUGUGCCCAGGCCACCUCAUCCCAAUGGUGGACAUGGCCAAACUCAUAGCACAACAGACGGUGGCGGUGACGAUUGUCAUCACGCCCCGUAAUGCCGAACGGUACGGUGCGGUUCUCAACCGUGCCGUGGCAUCGGGACUUCCGAUACGAAUCCUAAAACUCCGGUUCCCAGCCUUGGAGUAUGGAUUACCGGAGGGGUGUGAAAGUGUGGAUGAUCUGCCGUCGUUUACUUUAUCCAAGAACUUCUUUGAUGCAAGUGCUAAGCUUCAACAACCACUUGAAGAAGUGUUUGGGGAGCUUAAGCCUAGACCAAGUUGUAUCAUUUCUGAUAAACAUUUAGCAUGGACAGCAGAUGUGGCUAGAAAGUAUCAGAUUCCUUGGGUUAUUUUUGAUGGGAUGAGUUGUUUCACUCAGUUAUCUACACACAACUUAUGUGUUUCCAAGAGUCAUGAAAAGGUGGCUGAUUCGGAGCCGUUUAUCUUGCCUGGUUUGCCGGAUAGCAUCGUUGUGACUAAAUCCCAGCUCCCGGGCCUAUUCAAUCCAGGGAACAGUGCAAGAGCGAAGGAAAUGAAGAGUGUCCGUGAGCAUAUUAGAGCAGCAGAAUUAGGAGCAUAUGGGACCAUUAUAAACAGUUUCGAGGAGUUGGAAACAAGAUAUAUCGAAGAAUAUAAGAAACUAAAGCAAGGCAGAGUUUGGUGUAUUGGACCGUUUUCGCAAUCCAACAAGAAUGAUUUGGAUAAAGCUCAGCGUGGAAGCAAAGCUUCAAUCAACGAGCAUGAUUGCAUGAAGUGGCUCGAUUCUCAGCCUCCAGGAAGCGUAAUCUAUGCGUGUUUAGGGAGCCUAACACGUCUAACACCUCCUCAGUUUAUAGAACUCGCUCUAGGCUUAGAAGAGUCAAGGUUUCCGUUUAUUUUAGUGGUGAAAGGAGGAAGUAGAGCAGAAGAGAUAGAGAAAUGGCUGGGUGAAGAUGGUUUCGAAGAGAGAGUGAAAGGAAGAGGAGUUUUGGUCCGUGGGUGGGCGCCACAAGUUCUCGUCUUAUCACACCCUGCCAUAGGAACCUUCUUGACACACUGCGGUUGGAACUCAACCAUUGAAGGGUUCUCUGCAGGUGUACCAAUGAUCACAUGGCCUCAAUUUGCAGAUCAGUUCUUUAAUGAGCGGGUGGCUGUAGAAGUUGUGGGUACUGGUGUGGCGGUUGGAGCUAAAACAGUGAUGCAUUUAGGGGAAGAGGAUGAAGCUGGGAUACAAGUAAAAAGGGAGGAUGUGUGCAGGGUUGCAAAGAUAAUAAUGGAUGAAGGACGAGAAGGAGAAGAACGUAGACAAAAAGCAAAAUAUUUCCAGGAGAUGGCUAGAAAAACGAUAGAAGAGGGAGGAUCGUCUCGACACAACUUAAAACUGUUCAUCGAAGAUAUCAUGCUACACACAAAUAAGGGCCUGGCUGGCUAAGCUAUAGCAAUUGCUAGUUAUUUAUGAAGAUUUCUAUCGUGAUUCUUAUUAUUCUGAUACCUAAUAGAAGAUGUUUCAGUUGCUCCUA